AUGGCCAGCCUCCGAAAAACCCACCCAAUCGCCAAAAUCAUAAACGACGCCCUUGUUGACCUCCCAGCGCCAUCCAACAUUUCCGCCUGAUGGAACUUCGGCUCCCUUCUAGGCCUCUGCCUGGGAGCCCAAAUUCUAACAGGCCUCUUCCUAGCCAUACACUACACCUCUGACAUCUCAACUGCCUUCUCCUCCGUAGCCCACAUCUGCCGAGACGUCAACUACGGAUGAUUCAUCCGCAACCUACACGCAAACGGUGCUUCAUUCUUCUUCAUCUGCAUCUACCUUCACGUGGCACGAGGCCUGUACUACGGCUCCUACCUAUACAAAGAAACAUGAAACAUCGGAGUAGUCCUGCUACUCCUAGUAAUAAUAACAGCCUUCGUAGGAUACGUCCUCCCAUGAGGACAAAUAUCAUUUUGAGGCGCGACAGUCAUCACUAACCUCCUAUCAGCAGUCCCCUACAUCGGAGACAUACUAGUCCAAUGAAUCUGGGGCGGCUUCUCAGUAGACAACGCCACACUAACCCGAUUCUUCGCCUUCCACUUCCUAUUCCCAUUUAUAAUCGCUGCCGCAACCAUAAUACACCUAUUAUUUCUACACGAAACAGGCUCCAACAACCCAAUGGGCCUAAACUCAGACACAGACAAAAUCCCAUUCCACCCAUACUUCUCAUACAAAGACCUUCUAGGCUUUAUAAUCAUACUCUUAGCCCUAACCUCCCUCGCCCUAUUCUCCCCCAACCUACUAGGCGACCCAGAAAACUUCACCCCCGCCAACCCGCUAGUAACCCCGCCACAUAUCAAACCAGAAUGAUACUUCCUAUUCGCAUACGCCAUCCUACGAUCAAUCCCCAACAAACUUGGCGGAGUACUAGCCCUGCUCUUCUCAAUCCUAAUUCUCAUAAUCGUCCCAAUCCUCCACACCUCCAAAAUAAAAGGGAUUACCUUCCGCCCACUCUCCCAAUUCCUGUUCUGAACCCUGGUCGCAGACAUACUAAUCCUCACUUGAAUCGGAGGCAUACCAGUCGAACUCCCAUUUAUCCUCAUCGGACAAAUCGCAUCCAUCCUCUACUUCGCACUAUUCCUCAUCCUUAUCCCACUUGCAGGCCUAAUGGAAAACAAACUACUUCAACUAAAAU